AUGCCGCCCAAGGUCGCCCAGAAGAUCCAGUCCCGGCCAGGAUCCCAAUCCCAAAGGGACCUGACCCAGGUGGGGAGCUCUGAGAUCCAGCCCCAGCCCCAGGCGCAUGACCUAGAAGUCCCAACCCUGCUUAGCGCCCCGGGGGUCCAGGUUCUGUCCCAGCCCCACGUAGGAGGAAUCCCUGAGUUAGAGCCCCAGCCCGAGACCUCCUCUGAGAUGGAGCCCCAGCCGGGUCCCUCCUCCAAAGAGCCCCAGUUGGAGGAGGUGCCCCAAUUUGAGGAGGAGGAUGAGGAGCCCCGACCAGAGGCCGAAGCCGUGACUGCCCAGAUCCUGGGUGAGUUGGAGGCGGAGGCGGGCAUCCCGAAGCCCCCGUUCCAGGUGGGCGAUCAGGUGCUGUGCCUGCAUGGCUCACUGUUGUACGAGGCCAAGUGUCUGCGGGUGGCAGAGGCAGCUUGCGGCACUGAGGCUGAGGCCGAGGUGGGUCCCCUUACCUACCUCAUCCACUACACGGGCUGGAAUAAGAACUGGGACGAGUGGGUGUCCGCCUGCCGCGUCUUCCAGUACUCAGACGCCAACCUGGCCCGGCAGAGUGAGCUGCUGGUGGCACACCGGGCGCGCCUGCCGCCCCGCAAGAAGAGGCGCGGGGCCCUGCGCGCCCGGAAGACCCCUGGCCUGCCGGGGGACCGGGUGGCCCCGCCAGCCGCUCGCCGGAAGAGGAGCCGCGGUGGGCAGCCGAGUGCCCAGGCCCAGGAGGCGGCCAGCUUCCGAGAGGAAGUCAGGGUAGAGAUCCCCGAGUUACUGAAGCCUUGGCUGGUGGAUGAUUGGGACCUGGUCACCAAGCAGAACCAGCUCUACUACCUCCCGGCCGCGAAGACUGUGGACUCCAUCCUGGAGGACUAUGCCCAGGCCAAGGCGGCCCCCGGCGUGGCCGAGGAGACGGCCUUCGCUGUGGUGGAGGUGGUGGCCGGCAUCAAGGAGUACUUCAACGUGAUGCUGGGCACCCAGCUGCUGUACAAGUUCGAGCGGCCGCAGUACGCGCAGGUGCUGGCCGAGCACCCUGGAGUGUGCAUGUCGCAGAUUUAUGGUGCGCCGCAUCUGCUCCGUCUCUUUGUGCGCAUCGGGGCCAUGCUGGCCUACACUCCGCUCGAUGACCAAAGCCUGGCCCUGCUCCUCGGCCACUUGCACGAUUUCGUGGGCUAUCUGGCCGAGAAUUGUGCCACCCUGUUCAGCGCCAGUGACUACGGGGCGGCGCCCCCCGAGUACCACGACAGAGUCGACUGA